AUGAGGUUAUGCUAUCAUUGUCAUCAGGUUGGUCACGUGAAGACCAAUUGUCCACAGCUCGCAGUCAGGCCGGCGCAGACUCCAGCGCCGGCUACAUUGAGGAUACCGGAUGGGAGGCUAGUCAAGGCAGAGCCUCCGAAGGCUCAGGGGCGUGCUUUCCAGUUGACCGCAGAGGAGGCCAGGGAAGCACCAGAUGUGAUUGCUGGUAUGUUUUUAGUGAACUCUUUGCCUGCUUUGGUUUUAUUUGACUCGAGGGUGAGUCGGUCCUUCGUAUCGCAGUCAUUUAGUAGGGAGUUCAGUGUGUCAGUGGGCGAGUUAGAGUGUCCGUUGCGAGUCUCUAUCGCCAACGAACACAGGGUUUCUGCUUCUUCGGUUUAUCGAGGGUGUGAGUUGGAGAUUUUCGGGGUGUCUUUUCCGAUAUAUUUGAUUCUGAUCCCCAUGGGGGAGGUGUGUGUGAUUGUAGGCAUCGAUUGGCUCAGUCGGUUUGGUGCUAUGAUUGAUUGUGAGGGCCAAGUGGGAUCAAGGUUUUGUUCAGCCGCCAGGGUUCGACAGUGUAUUCAGCACGGGUGUGCGGGAUAUCUAGCAUAUGUGGUGGAUACACGGAUCAAGGAUCAGAUUUCAGUUUCAGAGGUUCCAGUGGUUAGGGAGUUUGCCGACGUGUUCCCGGAGGAGUUGCCAGGGAUACCUUCGGCGAGGCAGGUCGAGUUCCGGAUCGACUUGGUACCAGGUGCGGCUCCUAUCGCCAAGGCGUCGUACCGACUGGCGCCACCCGAGAUGCAGGAGCUGUCUUCACAGCUGCAGGAACUGAUGGGCAAGCAGUUCAUUCGACCUAGCAGUUCUCCAUGGGGAGCACCGAUCCUUUUCGUCAGGAAAAAAGACGGUUCGCACCGGAUGUGCAUUGAUUAUAGGGAGCUGAACAAGUUGACGGUGAAGAACCGUUAUCCACUCCCGAGGAUAGAUGAUCAUUUCGAUCAGUUGCAGGGUGCAUCUUGGUUCUCCAAGAUUGAUUUGAGGUCGGGGUAUCAUCAGGUCCGGGUCAGAGAGGAGGACGUGGAGAAGACCGCGUUCCGAACGCAUUAUGGACAUUACGAGUUCGUGGUGAUGCCGUUUGGGCAAACCAACGCACCAGCAGUAUUCAUGGACCUGAUGAAUCGGAGCAGCACGAGGAGCAUCUCAAGGAGUUAUUGGGAGUUCUGA